AAACGACAGCAUCCUACUUUCUUCAGGACCAUCCCCAGCGAUCACCAUCAAGCGGCAGCAUUGGCACGGAUGGUCAAGCACUUCGGAUGGACGUGGAUCGGGGCUGUGUGCAGUGAUUCAGACUAUGGGAACAAUGGCAUGGCAUCAUUCCUGAAAGCUGCAGAGCAGGAGGGAAUCUGUGUGGAAUAUUCUGAGGCCUACUACAGGACUCAGCCACGCAGCAAACUGAAAAGAGUGGCGGAUGUUAUUCGCAAGUCAUCGGCUCGUGUUAUAGUUGCCUUCGUGGCAGCAGGUGAUAUGAGAUUUAUCUUAGAAGAACUGAGCCAGCAGCCUCCUCCCCCGAUGCAGUGGAUUGGGAGCGAGGCGUGGGUUACAGACCCACAAAUGCUGCGUUUUAAUUUGUGUAUCGGUGCUGUGGGUUUUGCAAUACCGAGGUCUGUUAUCCCGGGUUUUCGUCAUUUUCUACUUGACAUGUCUCCAAAACAAGCACUAAAAUUUCCCCUGCUGACAGAAUUCUGGGAAAGCUCAUUCAGCUGUAGUCUAAAACGACAGACAGGUUCUUCUGCUGAUAUGCCAGCUUGUGAUGGCACGGAGAACCUGCGUGCUUUACAGAACCCGUACACAGACACGUCCCAGUUGCGCGUCACUAACAUGGUGUACAAAGCCACAUAUGCUAUAGCUCAUGCCCUCCACAGCAUUAUCUGUAACAAAAAGCACUGCGACAAAAACAUCAAAGUUGAGCACAGACAGGUUUUUGAUCAGCUCAAAAGAGUGAAUUUCACUAAAAAUAAUUAUUCGGUCUCAUUUGAUACCAAUGGAGACCCUGUGGCCACAUAUGAACUUGUGAAUUGGCAGCUUCAGGGAGACGGUUCAGUUGAUUUUGCGACAGUGGGUCAAUAUGAUGCAUCCAAGCCUAAAGGCCAAGAAUUCAGUCUGAGCAAAUCUAUCAUUUGGUAUGAUGGCAGUGAAAAGGUGCCUGUGUCUGUGUGCAGUGAGAGCUGUCCUCCAGGUACAAGGAAGGCUGUGAACAAAGGAAGACCUAUCUGCUGUUAUGACUGUAUUAACUGCGCAGAUGGCGAGGUCAGCAAUGAGACAGCUUCAAUCCUCAGACCACAUACUUGUCAGCUUCAGGGACGCUUCAGGCUGAACGGGUUGUACCAGGAUGGAGAUGUUAUACUUGGAGGCCUGUUUGACGUUCACUUAUUCACAGUGUUCCCAGAGCUCAGCUUUAGAACAGAGCCAGAUCCACCAUACUGUGAAAAAUUUAAUAUGGAAAGCUUCCAGCAUGCACAGACCAUGGCUUUUGCUAUAGAUGAGAUCAAUAAGAAUCCAAACCUGCUGCCUAAUAUUACUCUUGGAUAUCAUCUUUAUGACAACUGUGUAAUGCUAGGAAUGGCAUUCCGGGCUGCCAUAUCCCUGGCUAGUGGAACAGAAGAGUCAUUCUCCAACCUCAACUGCACUGGCCCUCCUCCAGUCAUUGGAAUUGUGGGGGAUCCAGGUUCAACUCCAUCCAUUGCAAUUUCCAGUUAUCUGGGGAUGUUCCGUGUACCUAUAGUAAGUCACUACGCCACCUGCUCCUGUUUGAGUGACAAAACAAAGUACCCCUCUUUCUUCAGAACAAUCCCCAGUGAUGCCUUCCAGGUACGGGCUAUGGUUCAGAUCUUGAGGCAUUUUGGAUGGACCUGGGUUGGUCUCCUCUAUAGUGAUGAUGACUACGGAAUCUAUGCUUAUUUGUCCUUCAAGCAGGAAAUGCAGCUGUUUGGAGGUUGUGUUGCUUUUUCUGAAAUCCUGUCCAAUGAUAACAACCCCAGAAAUAUUCAGCGUAUAAUAGCAGUUAUUCAGUCCUCAACUGCUAGGGUGGUGGUUGUUUUUUCUACUUUAUCCUAUCUGCUGCCUUUGAUGGAUGCAGUGGUUUUGCAAAACUUGACAGACAGACAGUGGAUUGCCAGUGAAGCUUGGGCCACUGCACCCGUAUUUCACACUCCACAUUUCCUGCCCUUCUUGAGGGGUACACUAGGCAUCGCCAUAAGGCGUGGGGAGAUACAGGGACUUCAUGAGUUUCUUUUACAUCUUCGUCCCAGCAAUGAUCCACAAAACAAUAUGUUGAGGAUCUUCUGGGAGAACAUGUUUGUGUGCAGUUUUGAAACUGAGAUACAUGAACAACAUAUUAAAAAUGUGUGUACAGGACUGGAGGAUUUGAAUGCCACAUACACACCAUACACUGAUGCUUCAGGGUUGAGAGCAGCUUAUAAUGUCUAUAAGGCAGUUUAUGCCCUGGCACAUGCACUUCAUGACCUGAUGCAGUGUGAAGAGGGGAAAGGACCAUUUAGUGGAAACAGCUGUGCCAACACAAUGAACCUGAAACCCUGGCAGGUAAGACCCACAGGUAUAUUGCAGAUUCUCUACAGGCAUACAGAAGACCUGAAUGUGGAAAGCAAAAUAUGUGCUGUACGAUAAUUAAAAUUUUAGAUAAACAUGUAAUACAUGUUCCAUCUUCAAACUAUACAGCUGGUCCAUUACCUAAAGAAAGUGAACUUCACCACAGGCUUUGGGGAUCAAGUGUCAUUUGAUAAAAAUGGAGAUGCUUUGGCGAUCUAUGA